CUGCCUCACUGGGUGAAACAUCACUAAUGGAAAGAAAGCCUUAUAAGAUCGCACUCAUCAAAAUACACUUAAAUGCAGCAUAAUGCCUUCAAAAGUGUCAUGUUUAUACCUGUUGACAGUGGUCUGCUGGGCGAGCGCUCUGUGGUAUUUGAGCAUAUCUCGCCCGACGUCCACGUAUGUCGGCCACAUGUCUGUGCCUAUACGGAAGACUGUGAAACCUCAGAAAAACAUCACCUUCACCAACAUCCGCACCCGCCCCCUCAACCCACACGCCUUUGAGUUUGUGAUCAACGAGCCGAAGAAGUGCGAAAGCGUCACGCCCUUCCUGGUCAUCCUCAUCAGCACCACGCACAAGGAGUUCGACGCGCGACAGGCCAUCCGGGAGACCUGGGGGGACGAGAGCACCUUCGGCGACAUCCGCAUCCUCACGAUCUUUCUGCUGGGCAGGAACACGGACGCCGUGCUGAACCAGAUGGUGGAGCAGGAGAGUCAGAUCUUCCAUGACAUUGUAGUGGAGAACUUUAUCGAUUCUUAUCACAAUCUCACCCUCAAGACCAUGAUGGGGAUGCGCUGGGUGGCCACCUUCUGCCCCAAAGCGCAGUACAUCAUGAAGACGGACAGCGACAUCUUCGUCAACAUGGACAAUCUGAUCUACAAGCUCCUGAAGCCCACCACCAAGCCGAGGAGGAGAUAUUUCACUGGCUACGUGAUCAACGGCGGUCCCAUUAGGGACAUGCGCAGCAAGUGGUACAUGCCCAGAGACCUGUAUCCUGACAGUAAAUACCCACCUUUCUGCUCAGGCACCGGCUACGUGUUCUCAGCAGAUGUAGCUGAGCUAAUCUACAAGACUUCAUUACACACAAGACUGUUGCACCUGGAGGAUGUGUAUGUGGGACUGUGUUUGCGUAAGCUGGGUAUACACCCUUAUCAGAACAGUGGUUUUAAUCACUGGAAAAUGGCCUACAGUCUCUGCAGAUACAGGAGGGUUAUCACUGUCCACCAGAUCUCCCCUGAGGAGAUGCACCGCAUUUGGAAUGACAUGUCCAGCAAGAAGCACUUGAGAUGUUAGGGGACAUGAAGAACCACUCAACAACUACUUAAUUAUUAUUAUUUUUGGCCUUUUU